CUGCAUGAGAAAGUACAGGUGCUAUGCAACUCCACCAAAGAGUGACUUCUACCGUCCCAUCCAUCGUGUUUGAGCCUUGAGCCUCGAAGCAUCAAACAACACCAGACAAAGAACGUUACGACAUUUCCGCACUCUUUUAUCUUCAAUCCGAAGUAUCUAUAAAACCCUCCGACUGCGCUUACGAUUUUAUUACAGCAGCAAUAACAAUCAAUCCAUUGGGCCCCUUCCCCGCAGGCGUCAUCGCUGACCUAACCCUGACCUUGGCCGCUCGCUCUCCGACUGUGAGUGCCUCAUUUUGAGCCGUCCCCAGAGACCCUCCACUUGCAACGUGCCCGCAGCCGCCUAACGACCACGACUUCACCGUCUUGACACGCGCGAUACCCUCCGCUUCCAAGCUGACACGCUCUCGCGUAUUACAGAACCAUAUUCCUCAUACACCGUCCUCCCAUCGACAGACACGUGUCGCGCACAGCAUCUUCAUGCCCUCGAUUGCUCAGCUCCCGUAACCUAUCAUGCCGGCCAACAACCAACGACCGGCCGCCCAAACUCCGGUAUCACCACGAAGUACGGCAAAAUACACCAACAAGGAUGGCUCCAAGUUUAUCACCGUACCUAAGGGCGCUACCUCUGAGUCUUCCUUGCCUCCGACCCCCACAACUGCUAAAGCCAGUGCCCCCCCACUAGAGGCUUCCAACCCGGACAAUGACCCUGCUCCAACAGUCAACCGCAAGAAGCAGAAGCGUAGACAGAAGGCUGCUUUAAAAGCCGCACAGCAAGCUGCGAAUGGACAUACCGACAAUGUCGCGAGCGGUGGUGCACGCACAGGGUCUACCUCAGGCCGUGGACCCGCCGAUCACGAAGAGGUCGAAAGCGACGACGAGCAUGAGUAUGUCUUGGCGAGCGAAUUAACAGGCCCAACUACAAACGGACACCCCCCUUCGGAUUCAAAAUCGAAGAAGAACAAGAAGAAAAAGAAGAAGGGAGGGAAUGCCGAUCCUACAUCACCUGUACCCGAAACUGUUGAAUCUGAGCCCCAAUCGCACUCGUCGCAAGGCCCUGGAAUGUCACGCGAUAAGAUAUGGAGCACUAGCAAUCAAGAGGAGCGCGAACGUAUAAAAGCGUUCUGGCUUGGAUUGGGUGAAGAUGAGCGGAAAUCCUUGGUCAAAGUCGAGAAGGAUGCUGUUCUGAAGAAGAUGAAGGAGCAACAGAAGCAUACAUGCAGCUGCACUGUAUGCGGACGGAAGCGAAAUGCAAUUGAGGAAGAACUGGAAGGCCUCUACGAUGCCUACUAUCUGGAACUUGAACAAUUCGCAAACCAAGGCGAGGGACCACCAAUGCUACCAUCAGCUCGAGAUUUCGCUCUAAGGCCGCCCCGGGGCCUGCCAUCAAGUUAUACCAACCGCCCGCCAUCGCGGGGUCGAAUAGUCGAACAUGUGGGAGACGACGAAGAUGAGGACGAGCUGGAGGAGGUUUACAGCGAAGACGAAGUGGAGGACGAUGACUACAGCGACGACGAACCUCCCGAAGAAUAUCAAAACUCACAUGAACGGGACGUCGCCGAUUUCUUGACGUUUGGCAAUAGCCUCCAAGUCAAGGGUGGUAUUCUCACCGUGGCGGAUGACCUCCUGAAAAACGACGGCAAGCGGUUUAUCGAAAUGAUGGAACAGCUUGCCGAACGUAGGAUGGCUCGGGAAGAAGACGCCCGCGAACACUUCUCAAGGGGCUACGGUCACCCUAAUGGCUCAUACUCCAAUCCACAUAAUCAUCCUCCUCCUGAAGAAGACGAAUACGACGAAGAAGAGGACGAGGAAGAUGACUUUGAUGAUAGUCAGGAUGAGGAGUAUGAGGAGGAAGAGGUAUACUCAAACCCCUCUGUGAUACCAUCCCAGUCCCAUACUGAGUGUUGCUGCCAGGACCAAAUGACGGAGGAGCAACGAAUGGAGGAAGGCCGACGCAUGUUCCAGAUAUUCGCCGCCCGAAUGUUUGAACAAAGGGUUCUCUCGGCGUAUAAGGAGAAAGUCGCCAAGGAGCGUCAGCAGAGGCUGCUAGAAGAACUCGAGGCCGAAGAUCGAGAAUCCGAAUUGAGGAAAGCUAAGAAGGCCAAAGACGCGCAAAAGAAGAAGGACAGGGCUGCACAGAAGAAGCUAGCACUGGCCGAGGAGAAAGCGCGUAAAGAGGCAGAGAAGGCUGCUGCAGACGCUGCUCGUCUAGAAGCUGAGAAGCAACGGGUCGCUGAACAAAAAGCCAGGGCUGAAGAGAAACGAAAGCUAAAGGAGGCGCAGAAGAAGGCUGACGAAGAAGCUCGCCUACGCAAGGAGGCAGAGAGACAACGCCGAGCUCAGGAGCGAUCCGAACAAGACCGCAAGGCCCGCGAAGCCAAGGAAAAAGAGAAGAAGCUUAGGGAAGAACAGCGACAGAAAGAAAAGGAGGAGAAAGAGCGCGAGGCGCAGGAGCGGAAGGACAAGCAAGAGCGCGACAAGCGGGACAAAGAAGCUCGUGCUGCAAAGGCUCAGAAAGAUGCCCAAGCAGCCCGAGAAGCUAAGGAGAAGUUGAAGGAGGAGAAGGCAGCUGCCCAGAAGGCGGCAAGUCAAUCAUCACAACCAAUCCAAAUCCCGAAGCGUGGUUCCCAGCAUCCCGUACCAAUCCCGGCAGCUCUUCCACAACAACCUUCGAAUCCUGCAAGCUACGCCUCCCCAAAGAUUCCUGUCGCCACUCCUGUAAUGUCCAAAGCACCGACUCCCAUAAGACCUCGGACCCUCUCGCAGCAAGACAGUGGAGCGCAAUCCGCUACAGCUUCGUCUACUAGUCAAAACCCUUCACCUCAUUCCAUGACACCCAUCAUGAGCCCUGGUCUAAUUGGCCAGCGCCACGGAAGCGCAAGCACUCAGCAUUCUCACUCGGUAUCUCCAACAAAUGGACAACCGAGACUGCCAGGACAAUCUCCUUUCCAGAUACCUCCUAUGGGAAUGCAUCCGCCCCCAGGAUUGCACCAUCACCCCGCACCACCGGGUUUCCCCAAUCGCAUGUCACAGGAUGGCUUUUCUGCGUUUAGACACGGCCCUGGUGCAAUGAUGCCUCCUCCUGGCAUGAAUGGGCCGGCUGGACGUGGAUUUCCCUUACCGAUACCACCAGGGUUCUCACAGCCAGGAGUCGAUCAAUUUGACAUGAAUGGAUUCCCGAUACCGACGGACAUGCCCCCAUCAACACAUCAUCGCCAAAGUUCAUUCCAAUUUGACGCACCACCAACCCCAGCACAACCCAUUGGCCGACCUGCUCCCAUUGGGCGUCCUGGAAGCAUAAACCUUGGCCGCUCAUCUGGCGACAAAGAAGAUGAAACUGCACAUCUGGGUAGUCGGGCUCUGUUGGAAGAUGACGAGCCGCUCGAAGUCGAAGGAAUUAUGGGGGUGCGAAACCAACCACCUGGACCGAGGCCCGAUUAUACCACGAGUCCCUUCUUGGCUUCAGCGUUUCCGCUGGCACCCAAUCCGUGGGGCCCUCCUGGCGUCGGUGGACAUCCUUUGCCUCCUCCUGGGCUCAACAAUCCUGUCUGGGGCGCACCAAGUGCACCUCCUGGUUUUGGCAUGUCUCCUGUUCCUGCUCUCAACUCUCUUCGAACCGCGUCACACCCUAGCUUCCCCCAACUUCGCGCAAUGCUCUGCCAGGCAUGCCAGGAACUCGCUGGCUCGGGUGACCAAGAAGGUUACAUCGACCUCUCAAUUCUGAAGUCAAGAAUUGAGGCACUGUCAGGCGACAGUAUCUCAGAAGCUAUUCUCAUCAACCUUUGCGACACCGAAGGAAACCUCAACAACGGAGGCGGUACGCUAGUUAUUCGACAGAACGGUGGAGGUUUUAGCCACGCCGUCCGAUGGGAACCCGAUCUAAAUGAUGGAUUUUAUCGAGCCGUCGGCGCUCCAGGUGAGAUUGGUAGCCCGGUGGCUGGUCAAGCAACUCUGCGAGGGGGAAUAUAGGAAAAGUCUCAGCAGCGUGAGGCGGGCCGACAAACUGGCCGGAAUUCUUUGUCUGUCAGAGAUCUGGUGCGAGAGAGCACCCCUCUGGAUCCCGAACCUUCUGCAAGUUGUAAUCAGCCUAUCACUUUGCUAGGAGGUCACAAAAGAGGGAGGUCGUCUUUACACCUGAGGGGCUCGUCGAACGUAUCUGACAUCGAUCGUUUUGAUCCUCCAGUUAAUGGAUCACAAUCCAAAGAUUCGGAGUUUAUUCCAAUAUAGCUGAUUGGCCCACCGAGACAGUACCAGCGGAGAGCAUGAGAUUCUGGCAUUUUUCAUCAACGGAAGACGGCUAAGCCCAACGCGUUAGCUCAUUUUCUUCAGGUGAAGAUAUAUUCGGGAUGUUACCAAUAGUCGAGAGGAAGAUGUGGCAUGAAUACCCAGGCGCGAUUUGCUGCCAAAUGUUGCAGUUGGAAGGAAAGCGAUGAAGAAAUCUACAGCGUAAAAAAAGCGCUGAGCUCAAUGAAAGAGUAUUGUUCAAGCAGCGGAUCAUGCGUACCAUUAGCCCUGACUGACUCCUUGCAAUGCGUGUAGUUGGCCUGUGAAUGUGAAUAAUGUUCGUGACGAUGAUUGACCAACACCGCCCAUAACAAUUAGCUUCGAAGUACCAGCCAAAGCUAGCCGUUUCUCUGGUCAAUGCCAGUGGCUUGUGUUGGCCAUAACCUUCCAGCCAUC